AUGAAAAUAAUAUUUGCAAUCAUAAGCAAUGGAAGUAGACACUUAGUCAAGAAUCAUACCAUACACAAAGAAACACACAAACGGCACAAAAACAGCAUCAAGAAACCUCGGUUCCAGAGGUGCUGAUCUCUUAAAGGAAGUGAUCCAUGA